AUGUCUGAUAGUAAUAGACGACAAAAAGAAUUACAGAAGCAACAACGGCAGCAGACAAUUGCUCAUGAAGAAAUUGUUCAGGAAGAGAUAGUUACUGAUGAAUUGGCCAAUGAUACACAGGGAAUUUCUGAAGAAAUUAUGGAAGAAGUUGACGUUGAAGGCGAAGUGGAGGGUGAUGUGGAAUAUCGAUUACAAGCUGACGGCUCCUAUAGAGUGAUUUGUCCGUCACGUAAUAGUAUUCCGUCGGGAAGUAGACAUUCACAUUCACCUUAUGACGAUUCGCAGCAUGGGGGAGUACGUUUUGAAUCAUUGAAUUCUGUAAAUGUCGGGGAAUCAGGCGAUAGCCAGUUGAGUGGUUCCGAAGCAGGACAGAUUCAGACAGGACGUGUCGUUCCGGCACAUGUUUUUGCGGUUCGAGGAAAUAGGAUAUAUCGUAUUGAUCGCUCAGGUGGUUCAACUACCACCACACCAGUGCGGACACUUAGUGAGACGAAUCGUGGAGCAAUGGAUCAGAACUGGAUAUGCCAAGAAACAGCCACAUGUGCAGCUGGCAUGUAUUUUCAGAAAACAGAAUCAAAUUGGCGAAAACGUGAAGUGUCAUCGAAAUCAAAACCUCUGAAAACUGGGCCUCUUAGUCCACCCCUAGCUUAUCGGGCUGCUCAGGCUAAUGUUCAACGUAACAGGGUAUUCACUCCAAUGUUGGCAGCUAAAUUAGCUCCAAAGAAGCGACCUCUUGGUUCGAAAAAACCAUGCCAUUGCACACGUUCAAUGUGUUUGAAAUUAUAUUGUGAUUGUUUUGCAAAUGGAGAAUUUUGUAAUGAUUGUGAUUGCAAAGACUGCAAAAAUACAAUUGAAUAUGAAAUUGAAAGGACGCGCGCUAUUAGAUUGUCACUUGAGCGCAAUCCGAAUGCAUUCAAGCCAAAAAUCGGUGUUGCUACUAACAGACAAGUGGAACCAGAGCGAUUGCACCAAAAAGGAUGUCACUGCAAGAAAUCGAAUUGUUUGAAGAAUUAUUGCGAAUGUUAUGAGGCAAAAGUGCCCUGCACUGAUCGAUGCAAAUGUAUUUGUUGUCGAAACACCGAAUCGGAUCGGGCAGCACGUUUGGCAAAUACGAAAUCAGCUUCAGCAUUGACUGAUGUUCGUUCUGCUGCCACUUUGGGCAGUGCAGAUUUUCAUAAGGCGACGUUGUACAGCGAUGAGGAUAGCGAUGAUGAAGUCCAAGAACCGAGUGAUCCUAAAACGUUACCUUGGUUUUAUAUGACGGAUGAAGUAGUGGAAGCAGCAACGCUAUGUCUGGUAGCACAAGCAGAAGAAAUUGAAUCUAGCGGGAAGGCAACUCAAGUAGAAAUAGAAAAAGCAAUUUUGAAGGAAUUUGGUCGCUGUUUGGGACAAGUUAUUGAAAGUGCUUUGAAAAAUUCGAAGAAAACCAUCGAAAGCUAA